AUGUCGUUAACCCGUGUGACAAACAAAUAUAAUUUGCGUCAGUCUUCGGUUAGCCUUGUUGCCUUGAUAAAAGGCGCUACUGUAGAUAGGACGACGCUAAAGCUACGCCUUCAUAAUGACUCAGUUUUGACCUUCGAAGAUUGUUGGCUACGUGAUCAUUGCAGAUGCCCAGAAUGUUAUCAUUCAUCUACAAACCAAAGGGCUCAUCAUAUUUUGGAUAUACCCGAAGUUAUGAUACAAAGCGUUAAAACAAACGAUACAAACGUUGAAAUAAAAUGGAACGAUGGUCACAAAUCCACUUACAAUGUUAAUUUCUUAGAACGUUAUGGCUAUGAAAAUUGGAAACAGCCAAAAUGGCCACCAGUUUUGUGGUGUGGCGAUUCCGUGGCCACUAAAAUUGCGAGGAUGUCUGACAAAGAAUUCGUUAAUAACAUAGAAGGAGAGAAGAAAGUCUUCCAAUCUCUACUCGAUUAUGGAAUUGCUGUGAUUGAACAGGUAGAGCCAACAAUGGAAGCGACUGAGGUAAUCUGCCAAGCUCUGGGUGGUGUACAGCAUACUAUGUUUGGAGGGAUGUGGAAGGUGAGCACAAAUCCAGAACAUGCUGACACAGCUUAUACGAACAUCACCUUAAAACAACAUACCGAUAAUACAUAUUUCACGGAACCAGCUGGGCUGCAAAUAUUCCAUUGCACAGAACAUACAAACGGUACAGGUGGUGAAAAUGUCUUCAUAGAUGGGUUUUACGCCGCUAUGAAACUGAAAGAAGAACACCCGGAAGAUUUCGAGUUUCUCACUAAAUUCGAAGUCGAGGCGCAGUAUAUUGGCGAUGGACGUUUCCAAAAGCAUUCCGCACCAGUAAUUCAGUUGGAUAAAUUUAAUAAUAUAAAACAUAUCAGAUUUAAUUCCUAUGAUCGGUCUCCGAUGACAUUCAAAAAUUCUCAAGAGUGCAGAACAUACUACCGUGCUCUUAGGAAUCUGGCGAGAUACUUCGAAGAUCCCAAAAACCAAUGGCAAAUUAAACUUAUACCAGGAACAUUAUUAGCAUUCGAUAACUUUAGAGUACUUCAUGGACGGACUGCAUUCACCGGAAAGCGUAUACUCUGUGGCAGCUACGUGUCACGAUCUGAUUGGCUGGAUAAGGCACGAACUUUAGGGUUACUUUGA